AUGGAGCACACAUUCUGGAGAACUUUGCGUCUGAAAGAAAUCACGGUGAAUGACAACAACGUCACUUUGUACAAUCAAGCUAAUAUAAAAUUGCUGCAAAGUAACCAAUCUAUAGUUCAUCAUGGCAUUGUUACAGAGGAACAUUUUACAACUACAGCGUCAACCGUUGUCAAUGUUCUGGUAACUCUCAUCAGUGCGUUCAUUAUCUAUUUCCUCACUAAGAAAUUAUCACAAGAAAAAAGGUCUUCCAAUCAGAAGGAAAAUCAGGAUGAAGAGACGGAUCCAACCUCCUGCGCAGUCAGUUACCCGGCCAAUGAGGAUGAUGUCUCCAUUCUGUCCAGGUUAACCUAUAACUGGGUACAACCCCUUCUGAUGAAGGACAGUAAAACGACCAGUCUGUCGUCUGAAGACAUGUUUAAAAUGCCAAACAGUCUUAACGUAAAGAAAGUACAGGAGGAGUUUUCCAAAAAACUGAAACCAGGAGUGAAUAUUGGUAUGAAAACAGACAAGAAGAACCCGACCUUACUUAGUGCAUUAUACAAAGCCUACGGACUAGAAUACUUUCUUCUUUGUGGUCUUCUAGAGUUGGUAGCGCACCUGAUUAAUUUCACAGGUCCUAUCUCACUUGGUUUAUUGUUGUCAUUUUUCGAAAAUGGUGACGAGCCAUCACACACCGGAUAUCGCUAUGCCUUCCUGUUGUUCUUGUCGAGUUUUGGAAAAGCUCUGCUAGACAGCAAAUUUCAUUUCACCCGUAUGCAUGUCUUUUUCAAAGUGAGAAUUUCGAUUAUGACAGCUAUUUAUAAGAAAGCCUUGCGUAUAAGCACCGUGUCUUUAUCGAAAUUCAGUACUGGUGAGAUUGUCAAUUUUCUCGGGACUGAUACUGAUAGAAUGAUGGGCUUCUGUCAUUGUUUCCAUGCUUUAUGGAGUCUACCUUUCGAAACCAUUAUAUGUAUGUAUAUUCUGUAUCAACUGGUUGGAAUUGCAAUGUUGGGAGGACUAGUUGUUGCCCUGAUUCUCGUUCCCAUAAACAAGAUCAUAUCAACGAAACAAAUUGCACUAGGCAAAGUGCUAAUGGAACAGAAAGACAAGAGAACGAAGUUGAUGAACGAGGUGCUUGGCGGAAUAAAGAUCAUCAAACUUUACACCUGGGAAGACCACUUUCAAAAGAUGAUUAAUGAACUUCGUGACGCUGAGUUGCAGAUCAUUAAACGAAGAAAAGUAAUUGGAGCCAUAACUGGAUACUUGUGGACUCUGACUCCGAUCUUUAUGACCGUACUGACAUUCAGCUCCUACUCAAUGAUGGGAAAUACCCUGUCCGCUUCAAAGAUGUUUGCAAGUCUGGCAUUGUUUCUAAAACUCCUUGGAUCACUUAAUCAUCUCCCUUGGGUAUUCAAUGGCAUAAUGGAAGCCGUCAUUUCACUUGGAAGGAUAGAGAAAUUCGUGGCAUUGGAAGAUAUUGACCUUGAUGCUUAUUACGAAACAAUGAAAGAAUCGAGGAAAUGCGACAGUGUGAUUUCGGUAAAUACUGGACGAUUUACUUGGGAAGGAGAGAAGGUGGAUAACACUGAUUCAAACGAAAACGAGAUAAAACCAAAAUGCGAGUCAGGGGAGACAACCAGUAAAUCAGGAACACUUUGUCUUCGGGAUAUAACCGUUGACAUUACUCAAGGUCAAUUCAUAGGAGUGAUUGGGAAAGUUGGCUCUGGUAAAAGUUCCUUCCUCAACGCUAUACUUGCCGAAAUGGCUCGGAAAGAAGGCGAAAUCUCUGUGUCUAAUCUGAAAAACGGGUUUGCUUUGGCGGAUCAGGAACCUUGGAUACAACAGGCAUCUGUCCGAGACAACAUUAUCUUUGGCAGUCCGUAUAACGCGGGAAAAUACGCCGAGGUUGUUGACGCCGCAUCUCUUAAAAAAGAUAUCGAGAUGUUACCAGCUGGAGAUAAGACGGAAGUUGGUGAGAAUGGCGUAACACUAAGCGGAGGUCAGAAAGCUCGACUUGCUCUAGCUAGGGCAUUAUAUCAGGAUAAAGAUGUGUACCUUCUCGAUGACCCUUUAGCAGCCGUCGACGCUCACGUGGCACAACAAAUGUAUGACAAAUGCAUCAUGGGAUUACUAAAGCACAAGACCAGAAUCCUUUGCACACAUCACACUCAAUUCCUUGGUGAAGCAGAUUUAGUCAUAGCCAUGGAUGACGGAAUAAUUUCAAAAAUGG